CACACCAAGAUCCAAAGAACGUUUGGAUCGAACACAAGAGACGAACUCACGCACGAAAGCAAGAAUGCCGGCCAGCGCCGAGCAGCACUUCAUGGAGAUCACCAAGGUCGACCUCCGAGGACUAGAGCCUGGCCGGCCAGGGUGGGACGAAGCCCGGGACGCGGUGACCGCGUCCAUGGUGGCGCACGGCUGCGUCGUGGUCCAUGUCCAGCACGUCGGGCUGGACGAUGACAUCCGGCAGGCGCUGUUCGGCCGCGCCAUGCCGGAGCUGUUCGCGCUCCCGGCGGAGGCCAAGCAGCGCAACGCCAACAGCGACGUGCAGUACGGCGGGUACAUCGGGCAGAUACCCGGCAUGGCGUACGAGAGCAUGCGCAUCAAGGACGUCACCGACGCCGGCCAAAUCAGCGACUUCGCCGGUCUGCUCUGGCCGCACGGCAACCCCGCCUUCUGCGAGACGGUCGGGGAGUUCACCAAGAAUGCUGUCAGCCUGGAGAAGACGGUGACGAGGAUGGUCUUGGAAGGCCUCGGUGUCCGGGCCGAGCACGCCCUCGACUCGCACCGCGACCAGCUCUGCUACAGCUUACGGAUGUCCUACUACGGCAUCUGCCCGGAGGAGAACGCGGCCAAGGUGACCCUGCCGGAGCACCGUGACUACGACAUGACCACCACCAUCGUGCAGCACGAGGUCGAGGGCCUUGAGGUGCAGCUGAAAGACGGCAGCUGGUUCGCCGUGCCCCCCGAGCCGGACACGGUCGUCAUCGUCGCCGGCGAGCUACUCAACGUGGUGACCAACGGACGGGUGCGGGCCUGCCUCCACCGCGUCAGGACGCCGAGCAACCGCGAGCGCUUCUCGGCGCUGCUGGGCUGCAUGCCCACCCAAGGCUCCACGGUGAGGGCGAUGGAGCAGCUCGUCGACGAGGGCCACCCUCUGGUCUACCGUCCCUGCGACCCGUACGAGUACUGCGCCUUCCAGUACUCGGAGGAAGGCCGCACAUCCGGCGACGCGAUCAAGGCGUUCUGCGGAGUAGCUAAAGAUGGACCAGCCGCUGUCUGAUUCUUUUGAACAUACUCCAGUACCGACGGCGACGCAGAUGCUCAUCAUACAUACAUAGACCAGCUGUGUGAUGAAAUGAUAUUCGCUUGUUCUAACAUAGUUGAGCACGUAUGCUCUCCUAUGGCUAUGGGUUUAUCGGUCGAAUAAUUAAUGCCUUCUUAUUACGACUUU